UUUUAUCUGUUUGCAUCAUGCUUCUCGUCUAUUUAUAGUGCUUUUGUUAUAUUUAUAUGGGUCUGCUUAUAAUAAUAAGUAUCACAGUACUUUUUGAAUUGUAAUGGAGAGAACAAAAAGCCUUAUACACAAAGGGAAAAGACAUCUUCCUUUACCCACGGGUCCGUAUACAGUUGGUUGCAAUGAUAUUAUGACUUCGUUUUUAAAAUUUGGAGUUUUCGUCAGACUUUAUUAUCCAACUGAGAGUCAAGGAAUUUUAGAGAGGCAUUUGCAAUGGCCACUUUGGAUUCCAAACAAAGAGUAUUUGAAUGGAUAUGCAGCAAGAGUAGGUGUACCACCUUUCUUUUACAGAAUUUUUCAUCAUAUAUUAGUUGGGAAGCUUUAUAUCCCAGCCGUAUGGCAAGCACCUUUAAGACCUACUGAUAAAAAGUAUCCACUAGUCAUAUUUUCACAUGGGUUGAGUGGUUGGCGAACCUCAUAUUCUGCCUUGUGCUUGGAACUUGCCUCAUAUGGCUUUGUAGUUGCUGCAGUUGAACAUAGAGAUCAUUCAGCUUCAGCUAGCUUCUACAAAAAGCAAGCUAGGAUGUCAGUCAGUGGUUCUAAUCCAGGUUCAGCUCUUUGUGAUCUCAAUAAUGUGUGUGAUGUUCCUAUGCAGUUUGAAUGGAAUGAUGUUAUAGAUGGUAAAUGGGAUUUAGGCUCUGCAGUACAGGAUAUUGGACCCUUUUGUCAUGCUAAUGAAUGGAUGUUAUAUCAGCCUGCCAAUAAGGAAAAUAAAGCAAAUCUACGUAGCCGGCAGGUAAGGUAUCGUUCUAAAGAAUGCAGUGAAGUUUUAGAUUUGUUAGAAAAUUUAAAUCUUGGUAGAUUUGUCGCAAAUGUUGUGGAUCAAAAUUUCGAUUCAAGAAUGUUUAAGAACCAACUUGAUCUAACUAAGUCUUUUUUUAUUGGUCAUUCAUUUGGCGGAGCUACAGGAAUUCUUUGCCUAGCUACUGAAGUUCGUUUCAGAGCUGGUAUUCUUCUUGAUCCUUGGAUGUUUCCUUUUUUUGAAGACCAGACUUCUUUUUCUAUGAUUUCCAAACCAUUCCUUUGUCUCCUGAUAAAGAGUUUCCAAACUGAAGAAUCAAUGAAAGUGAUAAAAUGUCUUCAGAAAAUGACAAGAGAUGGAAUAUUUGUGACUAUGAAGAAAGCAUAUCAUAGAGAUUUAUGUGAUGCUCCAUUUGUGCCAAAAUAUCCAUUCUGUUUACCUGCAAAAGCUUGUUUUAGAAUAGAAAGAUUUGCUGCUCUGGAUCUUUCUGCAGAUAUAAUUCUGCAGUAUUUAGGUUCAUUUACAGGUGGCUGUGUGAAAGCUAGCUCUAGCAAACUUAUUUCUUUAAGAGAAAAAUAUCUUGUAGAUGAAGAUUAAUUUUUAAUAAAAAGCUACUGUGCAAAAAAAUGCUCGCUUAAUAUUUGUUUAUGUGCAA